AUGGUGCUAGAAGAUGCUAUGGCAUUCUCGCAUUUAGGUAUAAUGCACCCUAGUAUUAUAAGCCCACGAAAUUUAGUUUUGGAACUUAGUAAUUUGCAGAAUAACUUUUCACUUUAUCCAGUCGAGGAGAUCAGUAUUGAUAAUAUUCAUAAGAUAGAAAAGUUUAUUAGCGUUAAAGCCUAUAGUACGGAACAUUCUUUAACAUUUAUAUUAGAAAUCCCAUCCGUCCAACCUAUAUUAUAUGAUUAUAUACACAUAUAUUCCCUGCCAAACAACCUAAACCUGACCAUUAUACCUAAAUCCAAAUUCCUCGCACUUGGAAGCGAUGAGUACGCCUACCUGGAAGAAGAUUGCAAGAAGCUGUCAGAAGAUACCUGGCUCUGCAAAUCACUGGAUACUAGAGCCAUAGAGAAAUCUGAAGAUUGCAUCAUCUCACUCAUCAAGCAUAAAGAUGGUAACUGUACUCGUGCGCGCAUGAAUCUGAAGCGAGGAAAAUUGCAGAAGAUCAAAGAAAAUAAGUGGUUGGUAGUAUCAACGGAACCAGAAAUUAUAAAAACCCAAUGCGGACAGAAAACAGAAUAUAGGAAACUAUCAGGAACAUUUUUCAUCAACCUAACACAGGACUGUCAAGUUAAGAUCAUGAAUACAACAAUAAGAACACACACCAGCAGCAUCUCGAUGGACGAAGUCAUCCCUCUAACCUAA